AAGGGCAUACCGGAGCGGCUGGUAAACCUGUUAGCUUUACAACAAUAGUCUUGGUAAAUGUCGAGGAAGUCAAACGAUGAUGGUGCGCACAUAGCAUAGAAUAAAUGGAAAAGUAAUUCAGCUAGUGGAAAACUGGAUGUAACAGGAUGUUACUUAAACUGCUGCUGGCUUUCCUGUGUGGGGUAACAGCUCAGCACGGUCCUCCUCCUUUGCUGCUGGUGUCAUUCGACGGCUUCAGAGCAGACUACCUGCAGAGGUUCCCGAUGCUGAACCUGAAGCUCCUGUACAACCAGGGGGUCCUGGUGGAGGAGCUCACCAACGUCUUCAUCACCAAGACGUUUCCAAACCACUACAGCCUGGUUACCGGGCUGUACGCCGAAUCUCACGGUAUAGUCGCCAAUAACAUGUACGACCCCGUCAGCCACAAGUUCUUCCAUGUUGGGGGAAAAAAUGACCCGUGGUGGUGGAGCGAGGCGGAGCCCCUCUGGGUCACAGCACUGGACUCUGGCUACAAGACGGCAGGGGUGAUGUGGCCCGGCUCGGAUUUAGCGAUAAGAAACCGCACGCCGUCGCAUUUCCUGCCCUACGACCCCGGUGUGACGUUUGGGCAACGCGUGGGGAAUGUUACAAACUGGAUUCUUGGAGACGGAAAGGAGGAAGGAGUGAAGUUUGCGGCUCUCUACUGGGAGGAGCCAGACAGGUCAGGCCACCUUUACGGCCCUGACAACACCUCAGAGAUGGCAAAAGCUUUGAAGGAGGUUGACGACAACAUCGGCCUUCUGGUUUCAGAGCUGAAGCGGACCGGCCUCUGGGGUCACAUCAAUGUCCUGAUAGCCAGCGACCAUGGCAUGGCUCAGUGCUCGACAGAGCGCCUCAUACGGCUCGACGACUGCCUCCGACCAGACAGCUACACGCUGGUGGACCUCACACCUGUGGCAGCCAUUCUCCCAAAUGAAGAUCCAGAGGCCAUGGUGACCCUGCUGAAUAAGUGCCACGCUCAUAUAAAAGCGUAUUUGAAAGAGGACAUCCCCGACAGAUUACAUUACAGCCACAACAUACGCCUACAGCCGAUCAUAGUGGUUGCUGACGAGGGCUGGACCAUAGUGCAGCGUGGGAACAAGCUGGAAAAAUUGGGCCAACAUGGCUACGACAACGCCUUCCCUAGCAUGCACCCCUUCUUGGCAGCGACGGGGCCUUAUUUUCGUCAAGGUUAUCGAAUCAGCAGUUUACAAAGCGUGGACAUUUACCCGCUCAUGUGCCAUCUGCUGUCAAUGCCUCCGCGGCCAAAUAAUGGCACUCUGACCCGGGCCCGGUGCCUCCUGGCUGCUGAGAUCUGCUGGGAUGUCGGGCUGACGAUCCUGCUGCUAGUGGGCCUCCUCCUGCUAGUCAUCACGGUUGCAAUUGUGUUCAGGUUGAUGUACCGGCGGCGCUCAUUGGCUUAUCGCCAGAUGUCAGAGAACAACUUUGAGUCGGAUCAUGGCAGUAUCUGACAUGAUGGUGUCUUCGUUUCAACACUGCACCAAGAAGGGGGACGGACAGUUUCACAAAAAACAACAACCACCAAAAGUGGGAAAAGUGGGCGAUACUUUGAAAAUGUAACAAGACAAAGAGUUUGUCACCAUUUUUUUAAACCAUUACAACUGCAGGGUCAGCUGACUGGUACUGACUGUUCAUAACUUUUCUUCAAACUCUGUCACAAUGGACAUGAUAAUGUGAUGGAUAUGGAAGCCCAUUUCCGCCAGUUAAAAAAAUAAAAAUGAAACCUUGGCUUUGUUGAGAUUUUUUUUUUGCCCAUAUUAAGUCAAAAUUAUGAGAUAAAAAAGUCAUAAUUAUGAGAUAGUUGAAAGGAAGAAAACUUACUAAAGACAAAGCAGUAGCUUUACUUUGGUGUGAGCUCUAGCUGCUAUUUAAUAUGAUAUGGAUUGUGAGUACAUUGAGACUUACUUUAAACGUGGUUAUACCACAAAUGAAAUGUUAUCUUUGCUAGCGGAUUCGCAUGGGAUAGUGCUAAGCAAACGCACCCUUGAAAGGAUUUUAAGGAAGAAGCAGCUCUGGCGAAGAAAGAAUAAAACUGAUGUGGCUGAGGUGGCAACCUUUAUUGAGAAUCAACUGGAAACAUCUGGUCAGUGCCAUGGCUACAGAUGGAGGCACCAAAAAUGUUGGUUACAUGGGAUUGUGACUGACAGAGAAACAGUUUGAGUAUUGCUGCAGUUAUUUGAUGGUGAAGGUGUUGAUGUCAGGUCAAGAAACAGACUGCGGAGGCGUGUUUACCACAGCUGUGGUCCAAACAAUGUUUGGCAUAUUGAUGGCUAUGACAAGCUUAAGCCAUUUGGAAUUGCAAUCAGUGGAUCCAUUGAUGGUUUUUCCAGGAAGAUGAUUUGGCUUGAAGCUUACAAAACAAACAAUGACCCAAAGGUCAUCGCUGGCUACUAUAUGGAUGCUGUGAUCAAUGCUGGUGGUUGCCCUGCCAGAAUCAGACUUGACUUGGGGACAGAAAAUGGCCAUAUGGCUGAAAUGCAGCAGUUUUUGCAUUUUUCUGAGAACCAAGCUGAAACAGACAGUGUAACCUUUGGUCCAAGCACUGGAAACCAGCGGAUAGAACGAUGGUGGUUAACCUUGAGAAGUGAGUGUGUCCAGUUUUGGAUUGACCUGUUUGACAAACUGAGAGAAGAUGGCUACUUCUCAGACAACUUCUUGGACAAGUCCUUGAUCCGGUUUUGCUUUCUUCAAACAAUACAGGAAGAACUUGAUGAGGUUGUUCUGACUUGGAAUAACCACAGAGUCCGUCAAGUCCACAACUCACGCUCACCUCAUGGACGUCCCUCCAUAUUGCAUGCAGUCCCUCAACUGUACGGAGGCAGGGAUUGUUUGCAUCAUGUGGAUAUGGAGAAGAUUCAAAUCUGUUACAGAGUACCAAUGAAACGAACACAGGUGUCUGGUCUGUGGGGGCCCGGGGCCGGUGAGGAGAUGAAGCAGCUAUUCAACAGAUUUCAGGUGUUCAUGGCUUUAGGUUACAUGUAUCCUGAUGACCCCCUUACUCCUCACUCAGAGAGCAAUGCGAAGGCCAAUAGCCACCUCACUGCAACACUUUGUUUACGUUUCAGGGACACUAUCUAGUACCGUGAGCGUUAGCCUACUGUGUAGUAACCUAUAGGCUACAUUGACAUUUGAGUCAACGUCAGCGCUACGUAAACAGUAAUGUAAUGUGUUUAGUUCUAACGCCAACCAGAUUAAAAGACACAACUAUUUGGGCUAUCAUGCAUCUAACAUUUAUCACAUUUGGUAGAAUUAGUUACCUUGUUUAGGAUUGCAUAGCGUGGCUGGGCGAGUGAGGGGAUGCAUCAUUUUUAUCUCAUAAUUAUGACUUAAUAUGGGCAAAAAAAAAAUCUCAAAGAGACUCAAUAAAGCCAAGUUUUCAUUUUUAUCUUUUUAACUGGCGGAAAUGGGCUUACAUUUUUUUGUAAUGUAGCGUAUUGAAGGGAAAUGUUGACGUUUCUUUUUAUUGUUGAAAUUUUAGUUUUUCUGCAGGAAUUGUUUUUUUUUUUUUAAAUAAAAGGUGUGUAUUUGUACUGUUCCUGUUGGCCAGCAGAGGGAGCCAGUAGGUCAUAUUUAUAUUUAUGUUACAUCUCACUGUGGAGGAAAGCUAAAAGUAAAUGUUGGUAUCUUGCUUUUUUUUUUUUUUUUUAAUCCUACAGUCUGGAAUAAUCCAGUUUAGGCUUGACUAAUCAGUUUAUCAAUAACUACAUUUUAGGGUGAUACAUUUAACAAAUACAUUUUUGUAUUAAAGGGAAUAACUGCUAUUAAAGCUGUAGUAAAGGGAAAUGGCUAUUCUGAAGAGGCUGAUUUCUAUCCAUAUAAGACUGUAGAUAAAAUAAUGAUGAAAAUAAAGAUAUCACACCGAUGGAACAAGGUGAUAUUCACCAUGAGAAAACUUGAUUUUGUUUUAUGUGAAAUAAGCCGUGUGGUAGUUAUUUGAAGGAUCUUGUGGGACAGCUUCACACUGGAUUGUUUUUAUUUUAAAAAAAUGAUAGAUGAUUAAAUUCAGUGAAUGAUUUGUAACCUUUAUCAUGUAUGAUAAGUUUCAUAUUUUUAAGCGUCUGAUGGAACUUUCUCCAUCAAGCAGUGCCAUAAAAAUACCAAAGCCAAAGAUUAAAGUUUGUCUCAUUAUCACAAGUCUUAUAAAGUGUAUUCCUCUUUGCCAAAGAGCUCCAUCUUUCAAAAAGACAUCUACGUACCACCAUGUUUGUGUUAAUUGUUAAACAGCUCUAUAAUUGACAGUUUACACUUGUUAUCGUAUCAGCUGAUACAGUAAAAAAAUUGUUCUUCCAAAGAAACAACAUAUGUCUGGAUUAUUCUAAAAUAUACAUUACUAUUAGAACGCCAUGCUGUUUUGAGCUGGGUUUGACCUAAAGUGUAAGAACUGACGCCAUGUUUGUAGUCUUUUUAAGCAAUUUCUUGUGGCGGUAUACGUAUUUUGCGAUUUACUUGAAAAGGAUGUUUUAAAAAAAAUAAUUGAUUACAGUCAUGCCUCUUAAUUUGCACCCUCAUUUCUGUGAGACGUGAAAAGUUUGUGCCAUAAAGCAGUCCCAGUGUAAAAACUCAGGCCAGAGGUGUGAUAUGAGGCGCAGCGAAGAAGCUACCAGCGUCAAGAUGAUGUUCUCAUGUUUUGUGCUUAGAUCAUUUUUUAAUGUUUGAAUGUUUUAAAGCAGUGGUUCCCUUGAGCACCCUCUACUUAUAUCUAAGAAAAGCUGAGUCGCCCCCAGGACAGUCGCAAAAAAAAAAAUUGCUAUCCAAAGUUAUUAAUUUUAAUUGAUUUCAUUGAUAAAAUCCCAACAGAUUGGGCCCACACACACACACAAGUGUUUCAAUGUUAUUUAAAGGUCACAUAUUAUCCUCCUUUUUGAUAAGUUAAAGAAGUCUCAGAGCUCCUGAAAACAUGUCUCCUGCCAAAAAAUCAACUCUGAUCCUGUUUUUUUAUUAUGCCUUUAGAACCCUCUAUUUCAGCCCUGCUCAGAACAGGCUGUUUCUGUGUCUGUACCUUUAAAUAUGCAAAUGACCUGUGUCUGACCACGCCCCUCUCUGGAAGGGCUUGAGCUAUCUCGCUCCAUGCCCUGAAGAAAGGUAGACUCAGAAGUCAGAACAAACACCUACUGUAGCUGUGGGAGUGUCACCCACCUGGGGGAGGGGUUACUGCCCUUUGUGAUGUCACAAAGGGAAAAUCUCCAAACAGCCUGUUUGAGCACACAUUUUCUGAAAAGUGGAGCAGCAAAAGAUGGAGAGGAUGGACUCUUCUCAUCAUUUGGGGGGUUUGUAGACAGACUAGAGACACAUUAGAGUUAGAGAAACAUGGUGAAGUGGAUUUUGCAUAAUGUGUGACCUUUAAGUUAAUAUGUGUGCAUCUAAUUUUGACAACCGGACUCAAGGUGCGGAACCAGUGUUUUAAAGGUACAGUACGUUAUGUAAUAUGCACUUUUAAUGUGUUUGGUCAUCAACGUUACCCUUUUUUGUUUUUGGUCUGUGAAGGCGUGUAAAAUACCUUCUUGGUUCCGUCCAAAUCAUGGAAGGUCUACGACAGUUUCCCUCGGGGUCAAUAAAACUUUGAAAAUGAGUAAAUUGA